AUGUCGUCUGCAGAGUCCUCGCCGUCGCCCCGGCCGCUGCCAGCCCCCGUCGCUCGAGGGCUCGCCGACGAAGAGAAUUUGCCUAGUGGACAAUGCCGAUACAUCCUUCUCAACCCCGAAAUCAAGGGCCUGCGCUGCGCCUGUGUCGGCUUCACACUCAACCGCGGCCUGCCCGGCGUCUCUUGCCAGUGCGGCCACCUGUCAUGCUAUCACAUCAAGUCCACCGAACCACCUCUGGACAAGAGCGAGGUGGACGGGCUUCGCCGGCGGAUACAGGUCCUUGAAGGACAGCUGGACCGGGAGAACCACACGGGCAUCGGCAGUGCCCUCGGAGAUGUCGUCAAACGACUGGGAGAGCUAGAGGAGCAGGUCGAGGGCAACAAAGAGGACGCGAGCCAGGAGAUGAGGGACUGCUACAGGAACCUGAACCUUGUAUGGCAAUCGGUCGGCCAGCUCAAGGAGAGACAGGCUCUCUACGAGAGUACGUCCGUCUUGUAUGAUGAACGCCUAGACGACCAUGAUGAUACCCUGCAGAGACUCGGCGACCGGCUCAUAGAUUUCGACGAGGCUUCGAUGGCGUUGGAAGAGCGCGUGGAGGCUUUGGAAUACCACGAUGUUCGGGAGACCCAGUACAGCCAGCAUAGGCCGAGUUCGACGGCGAAAUCGGAACAAUCCAAGAACACGAGGUGGCCGGUUACACAACGGGACUGGCCAUCGAGCAGUCGCGAAACCGAGUUGCCACGAGCAGGGCAUGCCCCGCUCCCAAGCUCCCAUGCCGCGGCCUUCGAGGGCAGCGAAUCCAAGCAGGCAGAGCCAUGGACGGUGCAUGUAUCGCUCUUGCCAACGGCAUCGCAGCCUUUUCCUUUCGAGGUCAGUGUUCUGAAGGUCCCCUCUUCUCUUCUCCACACCGUCAACAAGUUGAGACUGGACUGUGUCCUACCCCUGAACAUGUCUCUGCCGGGUCCACUUGGGCCGAGCAAAGACACCAAUGCCUAUAAACGCUGCCUGUCCCGCGGGCUCCAUCAGAUGCUAGCGGUCGGCGGGUCAGACAGUGAGUCGUUUGCCACGGCCGUGGCCAAGGCGUUCGGUAGUCUCCUCCGGGGGAGAGCCUGGGUGCCAUUGCAGGCACGACUCUGCGAUGCGGUCACGCUACAGGGCCUCCCGAUGCUCAGACCCCUGGAGGCGAGUCUAGUCGGGUCCAACUAUGAUCUAGAAUUCCUGCAGAGGCAUUGUGCCGUCUGCUGUCCAAACGGAAAGGUGGAAUCAUUGUACAUCGCCCUGCUCUCCGACUCGUUCUCGUGGCACUUCCUCCGGCGGUCGCCGUGUUACCUUGAAGGUCUCGAAGCCAGCUGGGAGUAUGACUCGCUGCUGGACCCAAGUGAGAAUCUGGAGGACGGCGGGGACGAGGAGGACCGGCCGUCGGCUGGCGAUAUCAUGCCUCCAUUGCCGUCCCUGAAGCGGACGGCGUCGGAGAUGUCGCGCGCCCCGAGCUUCAGCUCACCAUCGGCAGUGGAUGGCGCCGAGUGCUCUCGGCCAAAACUACAGCGGACGUGCAUCCAGGCGCCACUGGAACUUCGUAGACAUGGCGUGGAGACGGUUUAG